AUGAAUUCAUCAAUUAGCGAAAUUGUUAACGAAAUUACUACCGUAAAUUUCAAUGAUAGUAAUAACCCUAGCAUUACUACUCGUCCAUUUGUUUUUAUCGAGUCAAGUAACCCGGCUAACCCGAAACAGACGAUUACACACAGUGAUACCAGUCUAAUAUUUAGACCUCCUUUCCCACCAGCACUUGAAGCCGACGACAUUUUCGGCAAGAAAUCAGAUGGAACUAAUCCUACCAAGCCACCCAAUGCAUUCAUCCUUUAUCGAAGGGCAUUUGUAAAGUCGGCUCUAGCUAAUGGAUAUAAACUCCCGAUGACUGUUAUUUCUUCGAUGGCCUCGCAAGCCUGGGGGCAAGAAUUGCCUUUUGUCAAGGAUGAAUACAAGAGGAUUGCCAAAGAGGCAAAGAAAAAUCAUGAUUUAUUGUUUCCAAAAACACCUAAAAUAAAAGAAUCGAAAAGAUGGCGUGUAUAUCCAACUAAACCAAGAAAUAAAUCUACACCAGAACAAACUACACCAUUAACUGCGAAUAAAGAGUCGUUAAUGAUUUCUGAGCUAUCUACUCCUGCACCUGAGAUUGACAAUGAAAAUGAAUGGGAGCAACUUUUCAACUUUUACGUUGAUCCGAACAAAGAAAAGAAUAACGAACAAAAUGUUUUUAUUUGGGAAGAUUUCCUCGAGAAUUACGACAACACUAAUCAAGUUGAUAUUGAAGCUCAAUGUGAUACAUUUUUAGAUGUUGAAAUUGGUACCCCAAAUAUUGAAUUAACACCAGAAAUGAAUGAAUCUCUAGACUCGUUUUGUUCUCCAAUUGAACUUUCUGAUUUCUGCCUACCAGAAGAAUAUGAACCAUUAGAUUUCUUCAUUCAUCAAGAAGAUAAUAUUUAUCAUCAAAAUUUUAUGAAACCUAAUUAUUCGAUUGAAAAUUUAAAUGAACAAUUAUUUUCCCUUUUACCAAUUUUUUAA